ACACACACAGUUUGAGAAAUUUUCUCAAAAAUGACAGUUCAGUGCUUCUCUAUCUUUACUUUAAAUUUGUGUGAGCAAGUUAAUGCUGAAAGUGAAAGAAAUAUUAAAGAGUGAGAAUAAAUUUUCUACGUAAAUCGAUAAAGUGGGAGUUCGUGUUAAAAAAAUAAACGAAAAUUAAAAAUAACCUACGAAAAACCACGUCAGCAAUGCAACCAACAAUAUUAUAGAAAUGUAUUAAAUAAACUAUUCGAAGUUAAGCAAGACUUGUGUCUUAUGCUGUUUUUGAUUGAUUGCAUUUUCAAUUGCUGAAUAAAAUAGACGGCAUGAUAAGUACCAUAUGAAUCAAGAUUUCCAAUUUUAACUUCACAGUAUUAUUUAUUUGUAUACAAAUUAUAAUAUAAAGCUCGGCCACACAACAAAAAUGCCGCUUCCCAAAAGGUCUAUUGAUCCUGUGCAUGUAGCUCGUUCUGUGUAUCAACAAGAGGAGCUUCAAACCACUGAACUUGAAACAGUUACAAAUACCACUUUAACAAAUAUAAUUCGGCAACUUUCUUCACUUUCGAAGCAUGCUGAAGAUAUAUUUGGUGAACUUGCCCGUGACGUUGGUAAUAUCGGAGAUCGAGCCAAUUCAUUACAAGCCAGAAUAGAUCGACUAGCGAUCAAAGUUACACAAUUGGACAGCAAUGUAGAAGAAGUCCCGUUAACCGAUAUUCAGCGGAAAAAAGCAUUUAAAUCUGCAAAAGUUUUUGAUCAACAAAUAUUUUCAAGAAAUACAAUGCCAACUCCUAUGUUGGAAACUUACUCACAAUGUGAUAAGCCACCACCAUUAGACAAAUUGAAUGUUUACAGAGACGAUGGAAAAGAUGGGCUUAAGUUCUACACUGACCCGAACUACUUCUUUGAAUUGUGGCGACAAGAAAUGCUUAAGGAUACCGAACGAGUAAUGCAUGACAAAGGCAGGAAAAUGCAUCGACCUCGCCAAGAGGGUGGUAGUGGUGGUGGUGGAGCUAGGGGUCAUAAAAAGAGAGUUCGCAUUCCUCACAACACAAGAGAGAAGCAAAGACAAAUAGUCAUUGGACAUGGAGAAACUCUUAUGCCGAAUAAUGUAAUAUACAGGACACCAAAUUCAGUUGUAACUGAUGAAUCUGGUUAAGUAGUAAGUCAACGAAAUAAGAUACUUUGUGCUUUGAUGUUUGAUUUUAUUUUAUUUUCAGGUAUGGGAAUCUAUGAAACGAGGCCCGCUCGACCUAGCUCGAUAGAGCUACGACGCAGUUAUCCUGCUGACACUGUUGAUAUGUAUGGUCCAUUAACACCACAUUCUGCAGCCUCUGCAAUGGCUAACAAUGAAAACGGAAAUAAUGUUUCCCAAAAUCAACAACAACAAAUUCAACAGCAAAUGCAGCAAUACGAGGAAGGUGCUUAUAGUUCUCAGACCUUAUAUGGACAAGCAAAUCAAAGUUCAAUGUCUUCAGAAGUUAUUUAUGCCGCUGGAACACCCUCGCGAACGAAACCUCGCCCAUCGCAGCCACCACCAGCUCCACCAUCUAACGGAAGUGGUACUGGUACGCCAAAUACAUCGAAUGCCAACACUCCAACACGCGGACGAAGUAUGUCUACUAGCCGAGAUGCAUUACCGCCACCACCACCGAUUCCAGAUGGAAUGACAUCACCAACAAUGGGUGCAAUUAAUGGCAGCAACGUAGCCGCUAAGUUGUUGGGUCGCACUAAUAGCACUUCCAGAGUAAGUUCUCCGCAAUUGGCGCCUAGCAGUAGUGUUCAGGAUGCUAAUGCCCUUGUGAUGGCACAAUUGAGCAACCAGAUUAAUAGUUUUAAUAACAAUAUCGUACAUCAAAUUAAUUCGCAAAAUGAUCUUCCACCUCCACCACCAAUUCCAGAUCAGCAUUUACCAAAAUUAUUGCAACCAGCCCCACCACCACCACCACCUCCGCCACCAAUUGAAGCUCAGAUAUCUCAUCAAAUUUUAAAACCAAUAAUUGCCAAUGGUGAUAUUCCCACAGCCAUUACAAACCCUGCUCAUAUUGUGGGGGCAAAGAAGCUACUUCCACCCUAUCACGAUUCCAGGAACGAUUUGAUGAAAGCUAUUAGAGAUGGUAUAACUUUGAGAAAAGUUGAAAAAUCAGAACAAAAAGAAAUCGAAAGAAAUACUGCAUUACAUGAUGUUGCAUCGAUUCUCGCCAGGCGGGUUGCAAUUGAAUUGUCUGAAUCCGAAGAUUCAGAUAGCGAGGACGACAGCGAAGGUUGGGUAGAGCCCAAUGAAACAUCCGCCUAAAAUAAGCUUUUAUUAGUAUUCAACUUUUAUAACAAAAAUUUAUCCAAUAAAAAAUGUUGAUUGAAUACAUAAUAAUAUAUUACAAAAAAAGAAAAAGUCUUGAAUAAUUACACUGUGCAAGUCGAAAUCUUUGACAAGUGCGCUGUUGACUGUUUCCCCCUAUUUCGGACCUAAGAAAUAGAUUGGCAUCAUUAGUUUUUCGAUUUAUCGGUACGACUUCGAACAAAAUUUUUUUCGGGAGUUUUUUCAAUAAUUUUAAGCAUUUUGCCUGGUUUAAAGUCAUUUUUCUUCUUUAUAUUUAUAUUUUUCUACUCAAACGUUAUUUACUACCAGCAUAAACUACUGGCUUUGUGAAAAUAUAUAUCUUGAUAACGAAUGUGUUGCCGUUGAGUUUUAAUACAUUUUUUUUUACAUUUGAAGCCGAUUUGUGAGAAAAUUGCUUCUACCACCUAAACGAUUUAAUAUUAUCCUUCAGUCCAAUAAAAUUUUUUUCUGUAAAUAAUCAAAAUAAUCCUUAUACAUCAUUUUAUUUAUGAAAUUAAAAAAAAGUUUUAGAAAAAAAAAUUAUUUUUAGUUUAAAAAAACGGCAACACCGGCAAUUUUUAACACAUAGAUUUUAAAGUAUUUUUCAUUACCAACGUUUAAGAACAGAAAUUAUCAAAAUUGGAUAUGUAAUUUGCUUAAGUUACUCCACUAAAACAUAAUAAAACGAUAACAAUGCAAAACCGGUGCGAAAACACCCAAAAAUAUCGUUUUUUUGGAUAAACUCGGCUUCAGAAUGUCUUACGACAAAAAAUAAAGCUAUUGUUCGUUACAACAUUUUCUAUCGAUUUAAUGCACAUUAUUUUUGUUGAAACAAAUAGAAAAUAAGUAAUAUUAAGUCAAAGACGUUUUUUUGUUCAGCAAACUCUUGCCUUAUUAUUUUGUAAACGGUGCAAGUAUUGGCUAACAAAAUAAAAUACUGUUGUAGUCCUUAAAAUUAUCUACAAUUUAAAAAAAAAUUAGCUUUUGAGAAAUUGGGUUUAAGCCUUUUAAAUAUACCCCUAUCGAUCCAUGAAAUAAAAACUGACAGUGCCUAAGGUUAGGCCCUUUUUUUCCGACGCUUUGACUGGAGUAUGAAAAAACUUCCGAAAAAAAUUUUGUUCGAAGUCGUACCGAUAAAUCGAAAAACUAAUGAUGCCAAUCGAUUUCUCAGGUCCGAAAUAGGGGGGAACAGUCAACAGCGCACUUGUAUCAAAAAUUUGUUUGAAAAAACUUGCACAGUGUUAUGCAAAAUGUUGAACAUUUUGAUUUAUAACACAAUUUAUAUACAAAUACAUACUGUCUACUUUAGGAAUAUUUAUAUUUAUUGCACUAUUUAAAUGCUGUUUUACUAAUCUGAAAAACAAUAAUAAACACUUGAUUACAAUUAUUAAAGCAAACAUUAGAUAAGAUGUGUAUGUAUAUAAACAUACAUAACGUUGAAAGAUAUGGAGCAAACUAAACAUUAAAAAAAUACUUUUAUGUAGUUUUAUUUAAUUAUUAUUAAAUAAAUUUAUUCAAACAUUUAUCCAAGCACAAAAAUGUUAUAAAAAAUAUA